GUGAGCCACAAACAAACCGACGCGUUCGCUUAAGAGCAUGCAUUAUUGAGGUCGACGCUCCUCUCGAGUCACACCCACACUACCAGCCAGCCACGGAGCUAGGCGAUUCAUGUGUCCAUCCAACGAAUCACAUCGAGAUAGAUGGAGUUCAUCGGAGUUGGGCUUAGCAUGCUCUUCAAUUCCAUCUUGCCGCAUCUUGCAAAAAAGAUGAAGGAAUCAAAGCUAAAUAAGAUUGCCAUCCAUAGUGAUAUUGAUGAUUUCAGGAGGGAGGCUGACUUGCUGGAAUCUAAACUUGAAGAUGCCUACUCCCGGCAUGAAGGUGCCCACAAAGCCAAGCUGCUGGAGACCAACGGGAAUCUCAAAAACCUAUGUCAUGAUACGCACGAUUGUAUCCACCAGUUCACGCGAAGGGGGUCUAUGAAGAUCACGGAGUUUACAAAGAAGAUCAAAAAAUUGAAAGACGAUGUCUACAAGUUAAGCAAGGACACCGACAAAUUCAUGGAUUCAGUCAAAGAGCAGCACCUUGGACGCCCUUGUCGGUAUGCUACUUCCAGCGAUUUCGUUGGCAGGCAUAAGCGCCUCGCUGAGCUGCAGGAACUUGUGCAUGAUCUUCCCGGUUGCUGGCAGGAAGAGCCCAAGGUGAUCUCCAUCGUUGGCUUCGCUGGCUCAGGUAAGACCUUUCUUGCCAAGGAAUUCUAUGAAAGCACUGAAGUCGGCGUGAAAUUCAAAAACCGCACCUGGGUUACUGACGCUGGCAGCCAUGCCGAGGUUGCCAAGAACAUACUCAUGGGAAUUGACAAACGAGGCAACCAUGCUGAGGAUGCCUUGGAUCUCCAGCGCCUCUGUGACAGCCUGCGGAAUUACCUAGAAACGUCCACUCAUCAGUACUUAAUUGUAAUCGAUGAUAUGAAGAGGUGGAACAUGUGGAACGAUAUAAAAUAUGCCUUCAAGGAUGUGAAAGGCUUAGUCCUUGUGACAACGACCAUUCAAGAAGUAGCUAACACUUGCAGCCAAGGCAUUAAUAGUUAUGUGUACAGGUUGUCACCCCUCGAUCGGGAGGAGUCUUUAGAACUGUUCAAGAGAGACUGGGGCCAUAAAGGGGAUUUUGGUCAUGCUGAAAAAAUAUUGAAGAAAUGUGAUGGUCUACCGCUUGCUAUAGUUGAUGUGGCCCAUUAUUUGCAGCGUCAGGGAGAGUUGACAAGUACUCGAUGCAAUGAUGCUUGCAGUAAUCUUGGUGCACUUUUGGUGAAAGUGGAUGACUGCGAGUUGGAACGAAUGCAAUGGGUGCUUAUGAAUACAUACACCAGUCUGCCUGGUGCUAUCAGAUCCUGCUUGCUAUAUUUUUGCAUGUACAAGCGAAAUAUGGAUGCACUCCCCAAGAGGAGUUCUCUGAUGUGGCGAUGGCAAGCCGAAGGAUUUGUUGACAGAAAGACUGGAUGUAAAUAUUUGAACACCCUCAUCAACCACAACAUCAUUGAGUCCAUGGAAGUACAAACAGACGGAAUAACAAAGAGAUGCCGACCUCAUGGAAUGAUGGCCGAGUACAUUUCUAAGAUCUCCAAGUUCGAGAAGUUUGCUGCUUUGGUGUCUGAUCCAGUAGAGAUGCCAAACAAUGACGUCCGCCGGCUUUCCUUUGAAGCUGGCAGUGCUGCAGAUGAUGGGAAAUUUUCGAAGAUGGAUUUAAGUAUAGUCCUGACUCUCGCAGUUUCAGGAAAAGGAUGCAAAGCUAUUCUGAAUUUCAAAAAGUAUGAGCUGAUUGCAGUUUUGGAUCUGAAAGAAUGUACUAAUCUGGAACACAGUCAUGUCAAUUAUAUAUGCAAGCUGGUGCAUCUGAAAUACCUGAGCCUCGGGGACAGUAUAGGGGAGAUACCAAAGGCCAUUGGGAAACUGAUACAUUUAGUGACGCUGGAGAUGAGCACAAACAAAACAGUGAAGGUGUAUAAAGACGUCCUCCAGCUACCCAAGUUAAGACGCCUCAUUGGAAGGUUUAUUAUGCUUGGAGAGAAACAAGAUGGUGUCCUAUAUAAAUUCUUGGAGAAAGAGAGUGUCCUAGAGACGAUUACAGGGUUUGUGACCAAAGAUGGCGAAAGUUUCCCGAAGCUGAUGCUUCAUAUGUGGAAGUUGAGGAAGGUGAAAAUAGUUUGCGAUGCCACUAAAGAAAAUGCCACAUGCAAGAAGGGAAAGCAAGCAGAUGACAAGGAGGAUCUUACAAAGGCGAUCAAGGAGUUCCUUCUUAGAGGCACGGAUACUUUUCAAGACAAGCAGAAUGGACAGAGCUGUUCCCUAUCAAUAAACUUCACAAAUAACAAUGGUAAACCGUGGGCCCCACCCCUGGAAUUUCUAAAAUGUCCCGGCAGUCUGUGCUCGCUCAAAUUGCACGGCGGGUGGGGACUGUUCAAGUGUCCUAAACAGUUUACAGAGAUAUCUGGUAUUACGAAGCUGUGCCUUUCACACACUACCCUGGAGGGUAAAGAUAUCCUUGCCAGUCUGACUAAUAUGACUGCACUGGAAUAUCUCAAGCUGGUAGAAGUAAUUCUGGGGCCCCUCACGAUAGAAUCGGGAACAUUCCAAAGAUUGAUGAGGCUAUGCCUCGUGGGUGACACAAUCCCAGAAGGCAUAACAAUCCAACGUGAAGCUCUGCCCCAUCUUGUCUCACUUCAUCUCAUCUCUCAAGCUCCCAUCUUUAAAGUUGAAGAAGAUAAUCAAGUCCAGCCUCAGGUUGAAGACCAGAUCUCUGAAAUUGAAGAUAACCAAGUUCAGCUAAUGAACAUAGCAGAGCCUAAUAAGGUUGUUGGCGACCAGAUCUCUGAAGCUCAAGAUAAUCAAGUGCAGCUUCCGAACGGAUGCCUCGAAAGUCUAAGGGAAAUCGCACUCCAAUGCGGAGUCAACCAUGCCAUGCACGCAGCGUGGGAAAGAGCUGCAAAGGGCCAUUCCAAUAGGCCCGCCGUUCUGUUGCUUCCUCCCAACGCAUAAUUAAGCACGGACAAGGUCCCCAGCCGCCGUUAGCUGCUUCCUAAUAAAUGAUGUAUACUCGCCCCUGUUUGUAUUCAUCAACGGAGCCACUUCUUUGCUUGCUUGCUGCAAGGAUCGGGACAGCAUUGAUGGAUGCUUCAGUUUGGACAUACCGUCAUGUGUGCUUGCUUUCCUUUGUCUCCCAUGAUCAAGUUUACCACGUUGUUCACCUUACCUUACACAAACUACCUGAGUGCUUGUGCUUGCAAAUUGUUGUAUUUUUAUUAUAUGGUGAAAUAAUGAUUGCUGUUGUUGUAUCUUAAUUAUAUUGUGCAACAUGGAUUGCAAUUGGUGUGUCCUUAUUAUGUUGUGUAAGAAAG